AUGGGGAAUCCUGAUGUGGGAAAAAGCAAUGAUCAGGGAACAGAGAAAAAACGGCGCCAGUUUCGCCGGUUUACAUAUCGUGGAGUGGAUUUAGAAACAUUACUGGAUAUGUCAUCAGAACAAUUGAUACAGUUGGUCCAUGCUAGGGCACGUAGACGAUUCCAGCGGGGGCUGAAACGCCGGCCCAUGGGACUAGUUAAGAAGCUUCGAAAUGCAAAAAAGAUGGCAGCUCCAGGAGAAAAACCUGCGGUUGUUAAAACCCAUUUAAGAAAUAUGAUUGUAGUUCCCGAGAUGAUUGGAUCAAUUAUUGGAAUAUAUAAUGGCAAGGUAUUUAAUCAGGUCGAAAUUAAGCCUGAAAUGGUGGGACAUUAUCUUGGAGAAUUUUCCCUUACUUAUAAACCUACAAAACAUGGCCGUCCUGGUAUUGGUGCUACGCACUCAUCUCGGUUUAUUCCAUUGAAAUAAGGUUUUGUGUUUGUAUUAUGUUACAUAAAAAAUAUUUAAUAAAUUGUUAAUUUAUU